UUGGAGACAAUUAACAGUUGCACUUUGUGAUUGCUGAAAAUAGCUUUCUUUGUCGACUAGGAACUCGUGUAGAAGCAGUGUAGCUACUUGUAUAGGUAGUGUAUAGCCACCAGCGAUAGUUCCUAGCUGACAAAGAGUCUUUCUGGCUUUUACAGCCUCUCCUCAGUGCAAAAAGGGUGUGCCCAGCAAGUUGUUUAAUUAGGGCCACAGUAUACUAAAGUACUGCAUCACUCAUCAAAAGCACAUUGUACAUACUUUCGCUGUGAGGAUGGCAAAGACGUAUGACUUCUUGUUCAAGUUGCUACUGAUUGGAGACAGUGGUGUGGGGAAGACUUGUAUUCUUGUGAGAUUCUCUGAAGAUGCUUUCAACUCUACAUUUAUAUCAACCAUAGGGAUCGACUUCAAGAUCCGAACGGUGGAGAUCGAGGGUAAGAAGAUCAAACUCCAGAUCUGGGACACCGCCGGUCAGGAGAGGUUCAGGACCAUCACCACUGCAUAUUAUAGAGGGGCCAUGGGCAUCAUGCUAGUGUACGAUGUGACCAACGAGAGAACAUUCGAGAACAUCAGGAACUGGAUCAGAAAUAUCGAAGAGAAUGCCUCAGCCGAUGUGGAAAAGAUGAUUCUGGGUAACAAGUGCGACCUCCAAGAGUCCCGGGUAGUCAGCCAAGAGAGAGGGAGAGUGCUUGCAGAGGAGCACGGGGUCAAGUUUAUGGAAACCAGUGCCAAGUCUGGACUGAACGUGGAGUCGGCAUUCUUGGCACUUGCGAAGGAUAUUAAGAAUAAAAUGGACAGGAAAUCAGUAACAGAUCAGCAGCCGGCCUAUUCAAGUGGAGUCAGAGUUGGGGACUCCGCAGAGAAGGAGGGGAAAAAGGGAGGCUGUUGCUAGGCUGCAACUUUGUAGUGAAAGCUGGUUAAAUCUUUUAACACCAAAAUUUUCUUGUCAUUCUCUCAAAACUGUUGUACGUGUAGUAAAAUCUACGUAUACGUUCACUAUAGUUCUUUUGUUUUUUGCCUAAAAUUAAUUUUUACUGUUGUGCACUAUAGAAAUUUAAUAUUUUGUGUGUUCUAAUUAUAUGACUGUGUUGUAUCAGCUUC